AUGUCGCUCUACGCCGACGAUGAAGACCUCUACCCCUCGCUCCCCGGGAGCACCGUCUCGGCGGCGCCCACAGACCCCCUUCAGGCGCUCGCGGCCGCGGUGCAGGCUACCCCAGAGACACCAGAGCAGGCCGACGCUCUCCAGGCCGCCGGCACACGAUUCGAGGACCACCCAGACAAGCUCCCCGAGGUCAUCGAGAAGCUUCUGCCCAUGGUCGUCGAGGGCCCUGACUCGCUCCUCCGAGCUUGGACGCUAGACAUGCUCGCGCUCACGGUCGGACGGGCGGGUCUCCGAACGGAGGUCAAAAUGGAUGAGCUGUCAUCCCAAUCUUCGCGACGGUUUAUCCCAUGCUCUUCCGGCAUCUCGAAACUGUACGACGUAUUCCAGACAUCGAAGGCGCGCAUCCUGUCGCUCGUCCUCGACCCCGGCGCGCGACCGCAAAACGUCGGUAUCAAGGCGGCGGCUUGGAAGUACAUUCAGCGGGUACUGCUGGUCGGAGUGCGAGCGGGUGGUGACCCCCGACUGCAAGCGCGGAGUAACGACGUGAGCGUUGCUCUAAUCCAGCCCGGCUCGCUCCUGAACCCAGCCAAGAUUGAGGAGGAGGCGAACCUGCUCCGAACGCAGCUCGUGACACAACUGUACGGACUCGACGACCCCGCGAUCCUCGCUCCAAUCAUCAACACCUUCCCUCCUCUCGUGAAGCAGCGGCCGGCACUUGCCCCGCUCAUCGUGCAGUCCAUGGCGGCAUGGACUCCGAGUGCGAUGGAGGCAGCUCGGCGACCGCCGAUGCAGAUCCGCAGUGUUGAGAAGACGAUGCGUGCGGUCAUGGCGCACAUCGCCCGUCAUCCGCCCCUCGUUGGUUUCAGCGCGCAGCUGCACGACGCUCUCGGAAGGCAGAAGCAGCGCAUGGAGAUGGCGUACGCCGCGGACGCUGACGCGCGGAGACAGCGACGUGCCAACAUGGCCGCUGCGCGGGCUGGAAAGCAUCCCCUCGAGUCUGAGGCGGAGAGCAGCGGAAGCGCGGCCAAGCGCGCUCGGAUGGAGGUACUUCUGGGAAGUGGAGACGGGAAGGGCUCGGUCAUGUUUGACGUUUCGCAACUUGCGCUCGAGCCAGUCAUCGAUGCCGUUGUGGCAGCGCUCGGAGCGGCGUCGGACGACUUCCUUACCCGUGCAUGCGAGGCGGGCCGGCAAGCGAUCCUGGACGACCAUCCUGAUGCCGUGCAGGCUCUAGCACCUGCGCUCCUGAGGGCGGAGGACAGAGAAGAUGCGGUGGUGAACCCGCUGGAGAUGCUGGACGAUGACGACGAUGAGCUACUCCUUGAGCCAAUGGAGGACGAACUCGAGCAGCAGGUGACGAUCGCCGACUUCCGGCUGCCGCCACCCGAACCGCUUCCGGAGACUGAGAAGGAGGAGGUUGUCGACUUUGCCGUGCGGCGGAUAUGGGACACUGGCGCCGAUCUUUCGCAUUUGGCCGACUUGAAGAUCAGCGAUGCGCCGAGAAGUGCGGUGCAGCCGCGUGAGAUCUGGAUGCUUCUUCUAGCCCGUAUCUCGAGUCGAGGAGGGGAGGACAAGCGCAAGCUGAUCGGCGAGUUUGUAGCCAAGGACUUCUCCUCGCGGAGCAAGUUUGCGACCGUCUGGCUGAACGAGGAGUGGCUCGCGAAGCGCCGCGGACGAGACAACCAGUACGACGCUGGUCUCAUGGCGAUCCUGACGGCGUACAUUCCAACCCUGGAUGCGAAGGACACGAGUCUGAGCCAAUUCCUCCUCGGUCUUCCUGAGCUUCCGGAGAGUGCGAUCGACGCCAUUGAGCCGUUGUGUGAGGAUCCGGAGCGCAUGAUUGUUGGCUUCAGAGCGCUGAAGGAGCUCGCCGAGGCUCGCCCGCCUCUCCGUCCCCGCGCGGUCCAGACGCUGCUCCAAUUCUGCACGCAUCCGGAGCGCAAGGUCCGCGUCAUGGCCAUCACGACGGUGCGCUCGUGGGUGCCCAACUUCCCCAUGUCGGAGGCUGUCGUCAAGUACGCCCUCGGUGUGCUGAAGCGCCUCGCGACGGCCAAGGUGCGGGAACCGCCCAAGCCCGAGCCGGAGGAGGGCGAGGACGGGGAGAAGAAGCCGGAAACGGAGGGCGAGGCUGCAGAAGAGACGAAACCGGACGUCGAGAUGGACAGUGGAGCCGAGCCAGAGCCGGAGCCAGAACAGCCCGAGGACCCCGACGCAGUGCAGUCCAAGUAUCUCGGCGAGGUGGACCAGGACACGGUGUCGCAGUAUGUCGAGCUGCCCUUCGCGCUGUCGCGUCGCGACCAGGACCUGCUCGACGACAUUUUCGCGCUGUACCCGAAACUGUCGCCGAGCGUGCAAAAGAGCGUCGAGACGAUGCUGAUCCCGCUCAUCCGCUCGCUCGGCCCGACAAAGAAGCUGCUCGAGAUCCUGCGCACCUUCCCGAACGGCGCGGAGCGGCUCGCCUUCCGUGUCGUGACGGUUUUGUCGGCGGAGGGCAGCGGGCAGCUGCUCGCGCCGGUCGUGCGCCAGCUCAUGGCCGAGCGGCAGGUGGACCCGCGCUUCGUGAUCCCCAUCAUCAACGUGCUGGACAAGGCCGAGAUCGAGGCGCAGAUCCCACGCAUCGUCGCGCUCCUCGACAGUCCCGAGGCCGAGGACGAGGUGCGCGGCGCCUUUGCCGCGGCACUGCAGAAGAUGACGCCUGCGGACCUCCUCGUCACGCUGCAUAAUGAGCAGGCAGGGCUUAACGCCACAAAGGCAGCCAUCAGGAUCUGCUUCACGAUGACGACCGUGUUCCGCUCUGACGUGCUCGCGAACGCGAUGCAGCGCAUCGUCGACCUGCACCCCGAACAGGGUGCCGAUGCCUUACCCAAGGUCUUCAUCCGCACCAUCAUUCAGGCGCUGAAGCCGUACAAGAGUCUUGUGCCCUUUGUCGCGAACAAUAUCAUCCCGAAACUUAUUGGACGGAAGAUUUGGGAGAACCCAGAGCUCUGGGAGGGCUUCUCACUCCUCAUCCGUAUGCUCGGCCAGGCAUCUUUCGGCGCCCUCCUCCAGAUGCCCAUUGAGCAGAUCCGCCAGAUCAUCGAGAAACAGCCCGCGCUCAAGGCGCCCCUCAAGACGUUCCUCGCCAACAAGCCCGCAGCGCGUAACUCGCUCGCGGCCAUCUUUGAGGAGAAGAAGUGA